AUAUUGAAAUAUAUUGAUUGAAAUAUGUAUGCGAAUGAUUAUUCUAAUCUCGUAUAUUCGUAAAAAAUGAAUAGUAUAUAUAAAAAAAGAAAAAAAUAAUAAGAUAUGGUAUUGCAUCAUACCUAUCAAUUACUGUUAGAAAAGUGCUUAUAUAAUAUUGAAGUACGUACAUAUUUAAUUUAAACCUAUGACGUAAAUGUCAUAAAUACACACUACAUUAACACACUACAUCUAAGACGAAUGAAUAUUAAUGCUUUAAUAAUAUUCGAACAAUAUUAAUUUUGUUGAACAAAACGAUGUAAAUCUAAUUAUAAUAAUACGUUAUCGGUGUAAUUUUUUUCACUAUUCAGUAUUUGUAAAGUAGGUCGUGAAUUCUGUUAUACCGGAUAUGAGUUCAGUUAUCAAAGUUGAUUAUUUCGUACUUUCGUCAUAGAAUUUUUGCUUCAAGGAAGAGUUUAAAAAUUCGAAUAUUUAAAUUUAAAUUUAAAAUAAUUUUUAUUUUUGUAAUUGAAUAUUAAAAAAUUAAUUUAUUUUGAAAUAGAUAUUCGCAUUACAGAAAAUAGAAUAAUUGUUUAACGAUUCGAAUAGUGUAAUUAGAAUGUGAUUGGUAAAUUAAAUCAAAAACGAGGUACAGAAUUUGUCUACGCAAUCGAUGCAUUCUUUUUGUCCUAAACCUCGGAGGACUCUUUUAUCAUUUUAGCGUCAUUUUCAACUUUACCGAUUCGGCUUAAAAUAAUAUUAUAAUGGUUAGCAAUGGUUGGAAUCAAAACUAAAUUUCAAUUUAAAAUUAUAAAUGAUCGUUUUAAAUUUCAUCGAGCGUUGUCUUUUGUCAAGACACUCGGGUUAUAUAUUAGAUAUAUAAUAUGAUUUGCGAGGUCAUCAUUCUAAAAAUACAUUGUAAAGUCGAGAAUGUAAUAUUUAUAUUUUUUAUAUAAAAGACACAUUUUGUAGUUUUGAAAGAGAAAUAAUAAAAAGUUUACUUAAUUGACAUCUCGUACCUUCUACGUGUCACGCGCCAAAAGCACGUAUAGACAAGAAGAGGAAAUAGUGGGAGAAGGACGGACAUGGGAUAAAAAUAUUGAAAUCAGCGCCAUCUUCAGAGUGCCGCAAAUGAAACACAUAUAGAAGAUGGCGGCAAGAUAAUUAUAGAGUAAGAUUUAACUACUGACGCUAUUUUUUGGGUGAUGAUCUCAAAGAUCGAGAGAUGGCGCUGAUAGUUCAUUUCUACGUGUAUUUCUUUUGCGGCAUUCUGAAGAUGGCGCUAAUUUCAAUAUUUUUAUAUAAUUUCUAUCCUUCUCCUAUUGUUUCCUUUCUUUAUCUAUACUUCUUCAAAAUUUAUACGCUCGAAAGACUUCGAUAUCCGAUUAAUUUUAUUUUCUGUUAUUCGUAACAAAGUUAUUCGUAAAAAAGAUCAAUUAUUGAAUAUAAUUCAAUAAUAUAACGUAUGAUGAUGAUUUAUAAAAAGAUUUUAUAAACUUUUGUGAUUAAAUUAAAUAUAAUUCUUAUAUUAAAUCUUACGCUCUAAAUUAUAAAGAGCAUUCUAAUUUUUUGCGCGAUUAUAUAGUAUUUCAGAACACAAAGUUCCAUUAAAUGUUAAAUCUAUUCUAUAUCUCGUCUGUGAUUAAAUAAUGGCAGUAAAAAUUGUUUGGAAAAUUCAAGACGAAAGACAAUAACGACAUCUACGGAAAGAAGUCGAUAAAACGAAACUCCGAUAAACAACCCCCGAAGCUACCCACCUUACCGGCCAAUCACAUUGAAUGUUCGGUACGGUUCGGGACUGUGGGUGGCAGGUAAGACAAAUAGUGGUAGGGAAAGAGGGUGGGGGGUGGAUGGUCGUAAACACUCGCGCAAGAAGCACGUACAUAGUCUCGCGAGAACUCGUGCCAUGAUUACGUCGUUCUGGAAUAUGAGCGUGAUAGACGUAUAGCGAUCGAACGAAACGAUCGUGCGAUCGCAAAACUUUGACAGAACUUGUCACGGAUUUCUUUUUCUCCACGAUUCGUCGGUCGAAUUAUAUCGAGAUUGUUAUUGUAUACAGACAAUAUUUGCCGAUUCGUUCGAAUAGAAAUAAUUAUCGGAGAUAUCGGUUAAUUUUGCGCGGCGGUGUUUCGAAUGUGCCGGUGAAACAUAACCUUAUGCGAUGCGUCGUCCCCUGAUUCGCCAUCUCUCCGAGGGUGGUGCAGGUGACAAUACCAGUGGCAGGAGGCAGCAAUCCGUAAAAGAGGAUGAUCGUGCCAGUUACACCUGGAAUUGCCGCGAAUAUGGGCAUCAUCUGUCUUCCUGCGACCUUCUCAAGGUUCCGACAGCCCUCGGAUGCCGGGGGCAAACCACGUCGCCGGAGCCACGAAUCGCGAUCCACAGGAGACAACAGCUCGAGCAAUCCGUGUAUUGCGAGGCUGAGUCCCGGCGUAGCGCUUCCGAGGAGGAGAGGCAAGAUGUUCAACCGGGUGGCAAUCAACAGGAGAAGAUCAAGAGUACCACGCAAGAUUUAUUCGAAUUGCUGGAAAGAGUGCAGUGUUCGCGUCUCGAUGAUCAACGAUGCGUUCUACCGCCUUACUUCUCUCAGACCCCGAGGGAGGACAGGGCAGCGUCGAGUCCUGGUAAUCAGAAUAAUCACACACCCACACCAUCCCCGUCACCGGUCGGCGAUGCACCCGUUGGCAGGGCUCUUAUGGAGGCUGCGCUUCAGCAAGCCACUUCCGGAUCUCAGCCACCUCUGGUGGUGACACCGCCUGGUUACUGGGUCGACGGUACCGAUCAUCGACACGCCCUGGACUCGGCUGGCAGGGCGUUACUUCCGGCCCAGCCUGCAUGGCAACCGAGGAUAGACCAAGACGACACGGCCAAGUGUUACAGGCGAUUUUUCGUCGGCAGGGAGCACGUGAACCUGGUCGGAAGGGACGGAGAGAACGGGCCGGUCCUCGUCUCGGUGAAGGCCGAGACGGUCGCUGGACAGGAGCAUUGGAGGGUAUUGUUGCGGUUGCGGGCUGGCUCCACCCACGAAUUGGUACCGGCCGCGAACCUCGGCCCGAAUCCGUCACCCGCGAAAAUGGUCAAGGCCAUCAACGAAUCGCUGAACGUGAGCACUCUGAUGCCCGUUGUCUGUUCCGGUGCCGGCACACUGAUAGCCCGAUACGACGAGCACGCCUUGGUUUCGAGGUUUAAAUUCGGCGUACUUCAUCAACGCGCCGGCCAGGUGACCGAAGAGCAACUUUUUGGCAACAGGCAGAUCACGCCUGCUUUCCAAGAAUUUCUCGACCUGCUCGGGCAAAAGAUCGAUUUAAGGGAUCACAAAGGAUAUCGCGGAGGUUUGGACACUAGACACGGGCAAACGGGUGAUUCGGCGGUGUACGAGGUAUUUCGAGGCCGAGAAGUGUUGUUCCACGUCGCCUCCCUUUUGCCGUACAGUCCAGGGGACUCGCAGCAAUUACAGCGAAAAAGACACAUCGGGAACGACAUCGUCGCGAUAAUAUUCCAAGAGGAGCCAACCCCUUUCAGUCCAGAUAUGAUCGCGAGCCACUUCUUGCAUGCAUUCAUCGUGGUACAAGUCGUCGACCCCUGCACACCUAAUACGAGGUACAAGGUCAGUGUAACGGCACGAAACGACGUUCCACUGUUUGGUCCUGCUUUACCGACUCCGGCUGUAUUUUUACGAGGAAUUGAAUUCAAGGAAUUCCUCUUGACGAAAUUAGUGAACGCUGAGAAUGCGGCGUAUAAAGCUGAGAAAUUUUCGAAGCUCGAGCUAAGAACGAGGUCAGCUUUAUUGGAAUCUCUGACGGAAGAAUUGCAAGCAAAGACGGCGGAAUUUCUCGGUGGAGCAAUUGGAUUCGGAGGCAGCGGUCUAACUUUCGGUGGGAAUUGUCCGGUAAGCCCAACGGGGAACGACGCAUCGGGAUCCGGUAGCAGUGGAAGUGGGUCCAGAUUUAUCGACACCGUGCGAAAAGCUUUGAUAUCGCGCGUUAGAAACGCGUCGACGGAAAGCGUGCCCCAACAGUUGUCGAAAAAGGGCCAGUCGGAGUCUAGUCCACCUAGCAAUCGACAAUCCACCACGAAAAUUAAUAGCAAACGUUCGGUGGAGCCCUCGAGUCCCUUGGGCUCGCCUGAUUUAACCCUUAGAAGAGAUUCUGAGCGUGGAAGUCCCAGCUUGGGCAGUCAGGACAGUAGUUUGUCGAACACGGAUAAUCAAGAUAGCAGUUUGGCCACUUUGCAGCAAGACGAGGUUGAUCGGAGAGAGUCCACCACAUCCAUUUGUGCCAGCAACGAUAACACGGUGGUGGACAAAAUUUCAUCCGUUCAAAGACUGACUCACGAAAAUUUACGGAAGCAAGAAAGGUCGGAAAAGGUGGAAACAACUCAACGCGUUAUUUCGGAAAGUGAUGACAGCUCGUUGAACAGCGAACUUGAACUGGAUCAGGUUGUAUAUCCGGACAGCGACACGGGCCUUGAAUCGAUGAGCUCGGCCGAAACGCAUGAUACCACGAGGUGUACCACCAAGGAUGGCGUUUUAGAAACCGAAAACUUAAGAAUGGAAGUCACGAGGCUUAAAUGCGAUAAAUUAGAUUUACUGAGGCAAAAUGUGACCUGCCAACGUGAUAUAAAACGUCUGCGAGAAAAGGAACUUCAAUUGCAGUCCGAUCUCGCAGCAGCAUCGAAGGAAAUUCUUCGAUUGAGAGCUAUGCUAAAAGAAUGUUCGACGAGUAUUCCAUUGGACAACAACAAUCAACAGACAUCUACCGUUUAAAGAUGGCUUUGAGAUACGUUUAAUAUGCCUUCAUCGGCGCAUAACUUCCCGUUGCAAUUAUUAGAUUUUAAUAAUUAGUUAGGCGCAGUAGUUGAAAACUCUAUAAAAAUCAUACUUUUUCGGAAUCGAUUCUUGUAAAGAAAUUUUUCCGAAAAGCAGUUUGCAAAGAGUUUGAAACUUGCAAUUCAAAUGCUUUAUGUUACGUUUUAACACUGUGGUUGAACUUCUUUAGGUAAAUUGAUAUAUACACGCUGUAUAUUACAAAAGAACGGGUCAGUGAAGGAUAUUUAGAGAAAAUGUUUUUGCGAUAUAAAUAUAGCGAUACGUCUUUCGAAAUAUUUACAACGUAGACGCUAAUUGUUACUUGUAGAAAUAUUUGUUUGAUCUUUAACAAUAUUAUUUAUCUAUUAAUUUAUUAGUAGUCGUAAGGUAAUCUCUAAUAGUCAAUAUAAUUACAAAUAAAUGACACAUACAAACACACGCAACACAUAAAUAAAUACAAAUAGGAAUGUUUGAAAAAGUAGGUACAUCUUGUCAUUAUAAUAGAUAGAUUAGAAUAAAAAGUAACAUGGCCUUUAGACUUAGUUUCCAAAAUCGAGAAUAAAUAUACAGAAAUUAAUAUAACAUAUUUUACUUGUAAUAAUUAAAUGUGCAUAAAUCGAAAGAUCGAUAUAUAUAUAUAUAUUAUAUAUAAAGUAGCAGUUACAAUUCUCAUACUGUUUUCGAAUGAGAUAACUGCAUAUUGUCCCAUAAAACAAUAAUAUAAAGUGACUGGUAUAAAUACCCGUACGCUUAUGGGUUAUAGAAAUAUGUGUUUUAUCGAUAUAUUUCUGACGUCUCACAUUGAAACAAGGAUAUGUAUCGUUAAUUACAGUAUUCGUCGCGGUGAAUUUACCGAAACCAUUACUAGUUUUUUAGUAUUAGUCUGAAACAACUUUAACAAAUAUGAAAACACCUCGUUAGUUAAAUCUUCCGGCAUCAUUAGCCAAUAUAGUAGAAUAAGAUUAGAUUUUCUAACCGUUUUCACGGUUGUAAUGAUUUAAAUGCACCAAAUUGUUUAAUAACAAUUACGAUAUAUCGAUGUGUCAGUAACAUACGAGUAAGACACGUAUUACCGUUCAUUGUUCACUAAUACGCAAAGUAAACUAAGUAUAUUUCAUUUGCUUAGUUAUGCACCGUUUUUUCAUUAUCUUUCACAAAAUGGUAUUAGUAUGAUUUAUUUUUAUCAUUAUUAAAACUAUUGCUAUUAUUAUUACAUUAUUAAUAUUAUUAUCAUUAUUAUUAAUUUCGUUGUGCUUUAUAUGUUUUUUUUCUUUUUUUUUUUUUUCAUUUUUUUUUUUUUUUUUUUUUUGUAAAUAUUUGGCUAUCUUUCUAUAUAGAAAGAUCGAAAAUGUUGAAGAAAAGAAAGGACAGAGGGACUCGAAAGUUCACUCAUAUAUAAUACCAAAGUUUAUCAUAGUAAAAAUCUACUUUUCUUAGUUUUCUACAUUCCUUUUCAUACAAUAUUCGCCUCUAAAAUCUGCGUAUAAAAUAGCAUGUACUUUUCUCAAGCAAAAGUUUUUUCUACAAGUACAAGUUUUUCUUCUGAAUUUUGUAUCUCUUUAUAAAUACUUUGCAGACAUAUUACGAUUAUCACUGCCUGUAACAAUGUCGUUUUGGACUAUAUCACAAUUUUCCUCUUUAAGUGAAACUAAUCUAAUUUGUCAUUUUCUUGAUAUGACACGAUUUUUUUCAAUUACUUGUAUUGUUGUUUAUAGCGAAAAUCGUUAUUCACGAGAAUCCUUACCUCUAUAAAAAAAUUGUGGUAUACGAAAAAAUGAAAAUUUCUCGUCAAAAAAUCAUCCAAAUCAUAUAAAAGAACUAUAUAACUUGGAAUCUAUUUUAUGACAAUUUACUUUUGAAUUUAUUUCAAAUAAUGAUCUUUGUAAUGCCGGCUAAAAUUUUCAGCAAAAUGAAACUUUCAAAAGAUAUACAAAAAAUAGUAAUCGCUGCGAACACUUUCCAGUAAUGCUAUUUUUAACUGUCGUAAAGAUGAGCACACACGGUGUAUUUUAUAGAGUUUACGAUCAACGUAUAUUUACAAUGUUGUUUUAGACUGAGCGAAAAAUAGGUCAUCCGAAUAUUUGAUUUCGUGGAAUUUGUAAGAGAGAUACUCGAAGCAUCUCGACUACCAGAAAAUGUAUACUUGAAUGAUUUUAAAUUCCAAAAUAUCGUUUUAUAAACAAACAACUAAAUGAUUUGAAGAAAGCACGCACAUACGUAUAUACAUACAAUAUAAAAAUUUGAUGCUGCAGGAUAUGAAAGAAAUUUUAAUAGCAUGUAUACAUAUAUCUCACUAUCGAAUGUAAAUGCAAGUACUCACAAAUUUUCAUUACUGCGCAUUAAAUUUCAUAUUUAUGAAGAGUUCGAAAAUUAGUCAAAAUUACUUUUACAAAUGUAUAUAAUGUUAAUUACGUUUAAAUAAUGGGUCAUUUGAUAAGAGCGUCUCUUUGUCUAAAAUUUAGAAAAAAAAAGACUAAGUUCAUCAUUCUCUAGUGUGAUUUCUAUGCUGGCCUUGCAAAAUCAAAGAAAGAUUAUCUAUAUUACAAAGAGAUAUGUGUUAUUAUAUUACGAGAGAGAGUGUGAGUGCGAACGAAAGAGAGAUAAAAUAUUACUGCUACAAAUAUAUAUUUUGUAUUUAAUAUUAAUCGCCCAAAUCUAUCUAACAGAAUUGCGAAUACUAUUAUUCUCUGACACUAUGACACGAAAGUAUAUAUUUCUUAUGACUGGUGUAAGUAUUCGCGCAUACUAUUUUUUCUUUUCUAUGCACGACUGUCAACUUGAAAAUCAGUGAUAAUGAUGUUCGCCAAUAAAUAAAAUGAUUUAAACCAA